UUUUUUCUAUCUACUGUUUGGUCUUAACUCUCAAUCUCACCAUAUUCAUCUCGUUCUCAGUCUCCGACCGACCUAUCUGCCACCGUCUUCGAUCACCACCGUCUUCGAUUACCACCGUCUUCCUCCGAUCGAACUUGUUGUCUUCCUACUCCGAUCGUCCUAGUUCCGUCAUUUCCGAUCGACAUUGCCUUCCUCGUUCUCAAAUUGAAAUCACCAGUCCCCUCAAUCUCAAAUCGAUCCCUCAUCGACUCCUUGUGUCUGAUGGAUCUAUGUUCUUUCAUCCUCCUUCUCCCCUUCAGUCUUCAAGUUAUUGAGUGAUCUCUUAUCUCAAGCCCCAACUCCAAACCCUAGAAUAUAGUUUCAUCUUUCUAUUUACUUCAGCAUCUUCUGCAUUUCAGUAUAAAGGUGCAGCAUUUGAAGAUGGAAAAGGACCUAGUAUUUGGGAUACUUUCUCUCAUAAAUACCAAGGAUAAUUGGCAGUGAGUAAUGUUUGCAAUGGCAGAUGGUGUGGUCCUUAGCAUAGAAAAUCUGUCCACACAAUAUGCAUUCACUCUAGUUGGUCUUUCGGUUAUCGAAGUGAUCACAUUAAGCAUAAUUGUUGUUAUAGGAACAACAUUGAAUUAAUUUUUAAAUGACAAGAUCAAUAAAGCUAAGAUUCUUUUCCCAGGAGUUGGGUGCUUUUUGGUUGCAAUUUGUCUAGGCUCUGUCUAAGCUCAAGGAUUUUUCAAAUGGUCAAAAAGAUGCACCCUUGUAUGUCUUAUUUUCUUACAGUUUGCCUAGGUAUGACCUUCCUCUGUAUUAGAAUCUGGAGUUUUUGAUUAUUGUAAAUGGAGAGAUUUGAGAGUUGGAGAUAUAGUGAAAGUUGAAAAGGAUGAGUAUUUUCCUGCUGAUCUUAUAUUGCUUGCGUCGAAUUACGAUGACGCGAUUUGCUACGUCGAUACGAUGAAUCUCGAUGGAGAGACGAAUCUUAAACUAAAGCAAGCACUAGAAGGGACUUUGAAUUUGUUAGAAGACUCGAGUUUUCGAGAUUUCAAGGCUGUGAUUCGAUGCGAGGAUCCGAAUGCGAAUUUGUAUACUUUUGUAGGAAGUUUGGAGGCUGAUGAGGAACAUCAGUAUCCACUUUCACCUCAGCAGUUACUUCUUAGAGACUCUAAGUUGAAGAACACUGAUUUUAUCUACGGUGUUGUGAUUUUCACCGGGCACGAUAAGAAGGUUAUGCAGAAUUCGACAGAGCCUCCUUCGAAGAGAAGUAAGAUUGAGAAGAGAAUGGAUAAGGUUAUCUACUGUUUGUUCUUUGUGCUGAUUUUGGUUUCUUUCAUCGGUUCGAUUUUCUUCGGGAUUUGGACGAAGCAGGAUAUUAAAAACGGAAGAAUGAAGAGAUGGUACCUUAGGCCUGAUGAUACUGAGGUUUACUAUGAUCCUGAUAAUGCAGUAGUUGCGGCGCUUCUUCAUUUCUUGACAGCAUUGAUGUUGUAUGGUUACGUUAUUCCGAUUUCGUUGUAUGUUUCGAUUGAAGUUGUGAAGGUUCUUCAAAGCGUUUUCAUCAACCAGGAUUUGAAUAUGUAUUACGAGGAAACGGAUAAGCCAGCGCACGCUCGUACGUCGAAUUUGAACGAAGAACUUGGUCAAGUUGAUACCAUACUUUCUGAUAAAACAGGAACAUUGACUUGUAACUCUAUGGAGUUUAUCAAGUGUUCUAUUGGUGGAGUUGCUUAUGGAAAAGGAUUUACGGAAGUCGAGAGAGCUUUAUCAAAGAGAAAAGAUUCGUAUUUCGGCCGCAAGUUGAAAGAGGAAAACACUACUAAGGCUGUGAAAUCGAAGUCGAAGAUUAAAGGAUUUAACUUCAUGGAUGAAAGGAUCAUGAAUGGAAAUUGGGUGAAACAGACUAAUGCUAAUGUGAUACAGAAUUUCCUAAAGGUUUUGGCUGUAUGUCAUACUGCAAUACCUGAAGUUGAUGAAGCAACCGGUAGCAUUUCGUACGAAGCUGAAUCGCCGGAUGAGGCUGCUUUUGUUGUUGCAGCCAGCCAAUUCGGAUUCGAAUUUUAUGAAAGAACAAAUGCAGCUAUUUCAGUUCAUGAAUUGGACCUCGAAUCAAAUGUGAAAUCAGAAAGGUCUUAUAACCUUUUGAAUGUAUUAGAGUUUACGAGUGCACGAAAACGGAUGUCCGUAAUCGUAAGAGACCACACUGGGAAACUACUACUACUUAGCAAAGGUGCUGACAGUGUCAUGUUUGAGCUACUUGGAAAGAAUGGAAGAGAAUUUGAAGAGCAAACUAAGUAUCACAUUAACGAAUACGCCGAUUCUGGUUUAAGGACAUUGAUACUCGCGUAUCGUGAACUCGACGAGGCAGAGUACAAUCAGUUUAAUAAAGAGUUGACAGAUGCGAAAAACUUAGUGAGCGCGGAUCAGGAGCAGAUUGUAGAGGAUAUAUUGCAAAAGAUUGAGAAGGAUUUGAUUCUUCUUGGUGCUACCGCAGUCGAGGAUAAACUACAAGACAGGGUUCCUGAAUGUAUUGACAAACUAGCACAGGCUGGGAUUAAGUUAUGGGUUUUGACAGGUGAUAAAAUGGAAACGGCAAUUAAUAUCGGGGGUUGGAGCUACAAUAGGAGUUGGAGUGUAUAUUCUCAUUGGAACAGUUAUUAGGGAGCAGGCAGGACCAACACUUGUAUUAUCACUCUUUAUUGCAGGAAUAGCCGCUGCACUAUCAGCUUAAGUUGUUGCUGGUGGCAUAACCCCAAAUCUGGCACAUGUUCUCUUUUACUAUCUUGGUCCCUGAUUCUAUGAUAUACUCUCUCCUAAGAUUUAUGUUCCUGUAAAUAAAUUGAUUAAUUCUAUGUUUAUGAAUUACAUUUGGGAAGAUUAACAUGACAAUCCGAGGUAGGGGAGCUAGACGGAGUCAAGAGAAUGAUCGCAAUCAACUUCAGCCUUCACCUUUGCGAGAUAUCUAUGAUGAUAGUGAAGAGGAAGAAACAGAACUCAUUUAGAAGAAAAACUAUCAACGGAAAUUAUUCAAACACCAAACAGUUGGUGCAUAUAAUGUAAGAAAAACGUAAAGGAGUCAGUUUUGGAUUUUCCAAUAACAUGAGAAAAUCUAGUAAAAGAAUUAUACAUGGUUAAGGGAGAGGUCGUAGUGAUCAACCGGAACCUUCUCAAUCAUGCACUAGUCCAUCACCAUCACCUCCACUUAUAUCAUUCUACAAAGUUUCAGAUUCAAUUCAUUCAAAUGGAUGCUAUGAAAAAACAAGCUUUAAAGCUUCGAGAACAAGUCGCUUGCCAACAACAGGUUCAAGCACAAAACCUAUUUAUUCCCUUAUUGUACUAGUUGUCAAGUAGGUGAGGUCACAGGCAGAUAGAACUUAAGAUGGCUAUAUGAUUAAUAUUUGUUUGCAAUCUCAACUAGCGUUUGAGAAUAUUAGUACGUGCUUUAAUUGCAUUAAUUAUUGACUUUAAUAUUAGUAAGUGCUUUAAUUACAUUAAAUAAAUUAUUGACUUUAAUAUUAGUAAGUGCUUUAAUUACAUUAAAUAAGUUUAAAUAUUUUGGCAUUAAUAACUUUUUAGUGGUUCAUUGGCUUACGUUCUAUUUUCUCAAUAAUGGGAGUAUUUCCAUGACCUAUUGACCCGGUGAAGUUCGUCUCAAGAUACUAUUCACCUCCCUUUGCCAUAUGAAAGUAAAGUUCCAAGACUGUUCAAAAUUGUAGAUACAUGAAAGGAAAGAUACAAGAACAUUAAAAUACCAAUAUAUGUGAUUUCUUUUGUUA